AUGCCCAAUCACAGCCUCGCCUCCGCCAACUCUCUGGCUAGACCCUGUCUCACUGCACCAGGAUACACCCUGUGUUUGGGUAAAUCUCAAUACUUCCGUUUCAACCACCCGGAGGAGGCCAGCCUGAUGAAGAGCAUGCAGCCCAGAGACUCGGUGAAGCUGGAGCACUCUAACGGCAGUGCGGUGGGAGGUGUGUCCAGUGGGCGUGGCGGCAGCGGCACGCGGUCCAAGGCGGAGCUUCAGGAGCUGCUGGACAGCCUGCAACGCCGCAAGUGCGCCCUGGAGGCCAGCCUCCGCGCCAGCCUGUCCCCGCCUCCCAGCCCGCUCUCGUCCAAUCACAGCGCAGCGCUGCAGGAGCGCCCGCCCCUCUCCGUGCAGGUCCCCGCCUCGGCCCCCAGCGCCCCCUCUCUCCGCUCGGGACAGCGGCGGGCGCGCCACCAGUCGCAGGACAGCCUGCUGAUCCGGGUCGCCGACGGCGGGGUGGAGGGACGGCUGGCGCUGCCCCGACGCGGCCCCAGCGGAGCGUCCAGCAUGCCCUCGUCUCCUCGGCUGGGCCGCCGCCUCGCCCUGCCCGCGCGACGCCCGACGCCCGCGGGCGACCCUCCUCCCCGCCAGAGUAGGCAUCGCUCGCCGCUAACGGCUCGGAGGCUUACUCCCGUUGCCGUUGCGGCUCUACCGGCUGGACGGCGCUCCGCACCCCCCCCCGGCCCUCUCGCUUCGCGCCGCCUGCACGCCCGCCGCAGCAUGCCCUCGCUGGAGCGCCCGCCGGACGUCACGGUGACCGCCAGCAUGCCCAGCAGCCCGCGACGCGCCAGCCUGUCCUCCGUGGGCUCAGCGCCCAGCCUGGACCUGGGCAUCGGGGAGCGCAGGGCCUCGUUUGGGAAGGGCGGCGUCGGGGUCGGAGGUCAGGGCGGCGUGGGGGUCGGAGGUCAGGGCAUGGGGCAGAGGAGGGGCUCCAUCAGCUCACUGAGCGGCAAGGACGAGCUGAGGGACUACCACCAGAGGCAGAGGGACGAGAGGCUCCGCGAACAGGAGGUGGAGAGACUGGAGCGUCAGCGUCUUGAGACGAUCCUCAACCUGUGCUCAGAGCUGGGCGGGGCCACGGAACACAAGGCUCCGAAUGUUUCCGUGGUGACGGACCUGGAGAAGAUCAACCGGGAGCUGGAGAAGCUGCAGGUGUCCGACGACGAGUCCGUGUUCUCCGACACGCCGGCCGGCUCCACCGCUGGGUCAGUUGCCGGGACAACGGGGGAGAACGGCUUCGGGACCAAGAGCUCGCGUGAAGGCCAGACGCAGGUGCGACCGCGCAGACACAGCGGCAACAGUGGCCACAGAGACCCACGCACACACUCCCCUGCCCUCAGCCUGCACAACAAGGCGUCAGAGAGCAUGCAGCUGAAACAGGAAGUGAUGCGUAUUGAGGAGGAUCGCAUCCAGGUGCUGAAACAGGAAGUGACGCGUAUUGAGGAGGAGCGCAUCCAGGUGCUGAACAACAUCGAGGAGCUGGAGCAGAAGGUGAAGGACCUGGACAACCAGAUGGAGGAGUCCAUCAGGGAGAUGGAGGUGGAGAAGGCUCUGCUGGAGGGUGAGCAGGACUCUGAGAUGGUGCAGCUCCAGCGGGAGCGCGAGCAGCUGGACAAACUCAACGAGAAGAUGUCCGCCGUGGAGAAGAACAGCGCAGACGACAAAGCUCAGGGUAGAGCGCUGCUGGAGUCUGAGAGAGGCCGUGUGGAGCGUUUGUCCGAGCAGCUCUCAGAUCAGCGAGCUCAGCUGGACUCCUGCCCAGAGGCACUCAGGGAGCAGCUGCAGCUUCAGCUCCACAGGGACUCUGAGGUGCUAGAGGUGGAGGCGAAGCGGUUUGAGGAUCUGGAGUUCCAGCAGCUGGAGAGGGAGAGUCGGCAGGACGAGGAGAAGGACACUAGGACCCAGCAGCUGCUGCGGGAGACCAGUGAUUACCAAGAGGGCCGUCCACACCUGAAGGAGAGGCUGCUGACUCUGAAGAAGCAGUGGGCUCAAAUCAAUCAGCAGGCCCAGAAGGAGAAGGACACCUUCAUGAAGGAGAAGAACAACCUGCUGCUCAUGCUACAGAGGCUAUCUUCCUCGCCCAGGAGGCGGCAGCGGAUCAGUGACCUGUGCAGUCGAGGCGUGAUGGUCAGCGUCUACCUGGACCCCUAUCAGUACCUGGACGGCAGCAACCAGCCCUACGACAGCCUGAGCCUGGGCAGCUCUGGCAGCCUGGACACCAGCAUCUCCGCUUGCUCACCGGACAACAUAUCCAGUGCCAGUACCGCUAACAUGGCUAAGAUGGAAGAGAUGGAGCGUUUGCUUCGAAAGAGGCCCAGGCUAGGAAAAAAAAGACUUCUGGAGCACAGGGAGCGUGAGAUUGAGCUGCGUAAGCAGGCUCUGGAAGAGGAGAGGAGGAGGAGGGAGGAUCUGGAGAAACGACUGCAAGAGGAAACCAACAGACGACAGAAACUCAUAGAACGAGAGGUGAAACUACGGGAGAAACAAAGAUCCCAGGCUCGGCCCCUGACGCGCUACCUGCCGGUGCGUAAGGAUGACUUUGACCUGCGCGGGCACAUCGAGGCCGCUGGACACCACCCCGACACCUGCUACCACCUGGCCGUCACCGACAAGACAUGCCGCGGCUUCUUGGUCAAGAUGGGCGGCAAGAUCAAGACCUGGAAGAAGCGCUGGUUCGUGUUCGACCGCAACAGGCGCACCCUGGCCUACUAUGCCGAUAAACAUGAAACCAAAAUGAAGGGGGUGAUCUACUUCCAGGCCAUAGAGGAGGUCUACUAUGAUCACCUGAAGAAUGCACACAAGAGUCCCAACCCCUCGUUGACGUUCAGUGUGAAGACUCAGGACCGCGUGUACUACAUGGUGGCCCCGUCUGCUGAGGCCAUGCGCAUCUGGAUGGACGUCAUCGUCACGGGAGCAGAAGGACACACACACUUCCUGGUGUGACCUCACACACCCCACUGCAAGCACAUGACCAAACAGAGGACCAAUGCCUGACCAAAAGAGUAUUUCUGUGCGUGUGUGUGUGUGUGUGUGUAUGUGUGUGUGUGUUUGAGUCGGUGAGGGUGGCACGGUGGUGUAGUUAGCAUACCAGUAUGUCUGAUCUGAAUGUCCAGUGUUUCCCAUACAUGGACUUAUUUGUGGCGGCCCACCACAAUAUCAACAUUGACCACCACACAAUGAUUUUCCAGGUUGUACUAAAUUGUGCUUAAAGAAGCCCUAUGCAGGUCUGGUUA